UGGCGCACGAUAUCACCUUAUAACGGUUAGCAAGCCACACACACAGUUCUGGAGAACAAUGGCGAUCCGCGUGGCCAACUUCACACACUAGUAGUAGUGUAUCUAUGUGUGCAAACUACACAAUUCAUACAUACACAGCUGCUUAUGGAAACCGUUACUUUAACUAACCAACUGAUCACUCAAAUGUCAACUUCAGAACGAACACCAGUUGAAAUCGUUAAAUCCGUCAACGGUCUCGAAAAAGUUGUUCUCCGUGAAAUUCAUGGCAGCAGUGUUGAGGUAUAUUUGUAUGGGGCCCAUGUGAGUUCUUGGAAAAACGAGCAUGGAGAAGAGUUGCUUUUUAUCAGUAGUAAGGAAAUCUUCAAGCCUCCAAAGCCCAUUCGCGGCGGUAUUCCAAUAUGCUUUCCUCAAUUCUCAAAUUUAGGUCCUCUCGAGCUUCACGGGUUUGCUAGAAACCGAUUAUGGGCAUUAGACGAUGACCCACCUCCUCUCCCACCUGAUGUCACCGAUAAGGUCUUUCUUGAUUUGAUUCUCAGGUCCACUACAGAAGAUUUGAAAAUAUGGCCCCACAGCUUUGAGUAUCGUUUGCGAAUCACUCUGGGACCUGGAGGAGACUUGAUGUUGACUUCUCUGGUCAGAAAUACCGGCACUGAUGGAAAGCCGUUUACAUUUACAUUCGCAUAUCAUACCUAUUUCUCAGUUUCAGAUAUCAGUGAGGUUCGCGUGGAAGGACUGGAAACAUUGGAUUAUCUCGACAAUUGUCAAAAGAGGGAGCGGUUCACGGAACAAGGAGACUCGUUGACCUUUGAAUCAGAAGUUGACAGGAUUUAUCUUAGCACACCAACUAAAAUUGCAGUAAUGGAUCACGAAAAGAAACGAACAUUUCUCAUCCGUAAAGACGGACUUCCAGAUGCUGUGGUGUGGAAUCCAUGGGAUAAGAAGGCAAAGGCGAUGGCUGAUUUCGGAGACGAUGAGUACAAACAUAUGUUAUGUGUGGAGGCUGCGGCAGUGGAAAAGCCGAUUACGUUAAAGCCUGGUGAGGAGUGGAGAGGAAGGCAGGAACUUUCAGUGGUCAACAAGUUGCUCGACUCUUAAGGAAUGUGUCUACAAUUGCUUAUGUUAUGUACAUGUUAUAUGUGGUUUGGGAGGAAACAAAGGUUCUUUUUCUUGUAUAAAUAUAUUGUUGAUUACCUUGGUUCAUAAUGUUUGGACUUGCUGGCUGUUGUCAAGUUUUUUAUUGGUGGCUAGCACCUGAAAUGGACAAUGAGAAUCAUAUAUAAUUGUAUCUAUGAUUUAAAAUUCAAGUUGAUUGUUUGUUAUAUGUACAUGAGAUAUAAUAGAAUCAUAUAUAAUUGUUAUA